CCCGCGGCCUGCACCGGCGAGCGUGCGGCCCCCGCCCGCGUCCCCAGGCAUGCCGGACCCCCGCCUGCUGGCCGCGCUGUGCGGCGCGCUGCUCUGCGCCUCCGGCCUCCGCGCCGCCUCCGGUGACUUCUGUGACUCCAGCCAGUGCCUGAACGGUGGAACCUGCGUGGUGGGCCAUGACAAUGCUUCCUUCCACUGCCUCUGCCUCGAGGGCUUCACGGGCCUCAUUUGCAACGAGACUGAGAAGAAACCUACCCCGAGCCCUGCCCACCUCUCCACACUCCACGCUUCCAGCCCGUCCCAAAAUCCCUGUUCCCCAAACCCCUGCCACAACAAUGGCGAAUGCCAGGCGAGUCCCACGGAACAGCGAGGGGAUGUCUUCACCCCGUACACCUGCCUAUGCACUCAGGGCUACGUGGGCACCCACUGUGACACCAAGUGCUCCGUUCCUCUGGGCAUGGAGUCGGGGGACAUCGCCGACUCGCAGAUCUCCGCCUCAUCGGUGUACGUGGGCUUCAUGGGUUUGCAGCGCUGGGGCCCGGAGCUUGCCCGUCUGCACCGCACGGGCAUCGUCAAUGCCUGGACAGCCAGCAACUACGACAAGAACCCCUGGAUCCAGGUGAACCUGCUGCGGAAGACGUGGGUGUCGGGUGUGGUGACGCAGGGCGCCAGCCGCGUGGGUACUCAUGAGUACCUGAAGGCCUUCAAGGUGGCCUACAGCCUCGAUGGACACACAUUCACGUUCAUCCAGGAUACAGAGAAGUCAGGAGACAAGGUGUUUGUGGGCAAUGUGGACAACAAUGGCCUGAAAUUAAACCUGUUUAAGAGCCCUGUGGAGACGCAGUAUGUGCGGCUGUUCCCUGUGCUCUGCCAGUGGGCCUGCACCCUGCGCUUCGAGCUCCUCGGCUGUGAGUUGAAUGGAUGCUCCGAGCCCCUGGGCCUGAAGGACCAUGCCAUCCCUGACAAGCAGAUCACGGCCUCCAGCACCUACAAGACCUGGGGCUUGCAGGCCUUCGGCUGGUACCCCUUCUACGCACGGCUGGACAACCAGGGCAAGUUCAACGCCUGGACCGCCGCGACCAACAAUGCCUCUGAGUGGCUGCAGGUCGACCUGGGCUCCCAGAGGGAGGUGACAGGCGUCAUCACCCAGGGGGCCCGUGACUUUGGUAGUAUCCAGUAUGUGGCAUCCUACAAGGUGGCCUACAGUAAUGAUGGCAGGACAUGGACUGAGGUCAAGGACUCCAGGACCGGCAAGAGCAAGAUCUUCCCUGGCAACUUGGACAACAACUCCCACAAGAAGAACGUGUUCGAGACGCCCGUCCUGGCUCGCUUGGUGCGCAUCCUGCCUGUAGCCUGGCACAACCGCAUCACCCUGCGCCUGGAGCUGCUGGGCUGUUAGUGGCAGGACUGGCCCAAGUGGC